CUUCGGUGAGAGAACGCACACAUGUACGUCAAGGUACUAUUACUUAGUAGGGGACCCUGCGGCCCCAGAGCAAAGCGGCGGUAGCGAAGCCGACCCCGCCCCCCGUCCCUCAGGCGCGAGUGCAUGCGUGCGUGCAUCCGGGUCCUUGUCCUGCGUGUCGGUCCCUGUCUCGGUCCCUGUCUCAGUUCCGUAUGCGGGCCUGUGGUGUGGUGUGGUGUGGUCGUAGUAGCUCGGGAUGUCGAGACAUGGGAAGCUCGGUGUUGGGGAUGGGGAUGGGGAUGGGGUCUUGGACGGACGUGGGGUGCUGGACGUGGGGAGUUCUGGGGCCGAGUCGUCUGGGAGGGUGGACGACGGGGCGGAGGGUGGCUGGGGUGACGGGCGGAUGACGGAGGGAGGCGAAGGCGCGACGAAGGGUGGAUGCGGCGGGGGCGCGGCGGAGAUGGGGGACGAGGACCGGCCCUGUCCGGGUCGCUGUCCGGGCGAGGGGCCCGCUGGGCCUGGGACGGGCGCGGGAGACUUGGGCGGUCGGCGACGCUGGGUGGCUUUUGGAUUCGGAGGGCCGUUCUUUGCGGACUCGGACUCGGACUCGGACUCGGACUCGGAGGAGUGUGGAGUUGUAGGCGCGGAGAUUGCGAACGGGGCAGAGGAGAUGAUGCUGUUUGCAGUGAAAGCGGGAAGCGCAUGGCAUGCUAGCUCGAGGGACUCGGAGACGGGUUGGGAUGGGGACGAAGCCUGUUCAGCGGGGCAGCAAAAUGUUUGCAGUCAAAACGGGUCUGAGCAGAAACAUCACGAUGAAGUACGAAAGACGUUGCGCAAUGUGAGACGCAUAUCAGUAAAAUCCAUAUCGAAGGGCGGCGUGUGUAGUACUAUGCCUGGAGAACGUCUCCGUUGCGAGCAAGGCCCAAUCGCGAGUUUGAACCAUCUCGGGCGCGCCACGUUACGCGGGUAUACGCCCUCGUACUGGACACGCGAUGGAUGGUUCCUCCUCGCUUCGCAGCAUGUUGUUACUAACACGGCUAUGCACCGCGAAGGAAGCGGGAGGAAGGGACCAGCUGCAGCGGACGAGCGGCGCGAUUUCGCCGACCGAUUAGGAGGCAAUGAUCGUCGAAAGCGUUCCGUCUACCGCGGUGUUGCUAACGAUGUUUCAUGCACUGUAUGCGUGGCAAAUACGUGCUCAGCGACCAGAACUGAGACUACCCCUGGUCUUGCUGCAUCUCCCGACGAAUGUCAAAGUACCAGGCAGGAAGCCUUUGUUGUCCGACCACGACGUCUGACGCUCGACGAAGACUGCUUCGGCGCCACACGUGCGAUUACUCGCCCAAUCGGAACCGCCGGUCAUGGCGCACAGCACGGUUUGAACCACACGACAGCUGUCCUGCGGCCAGAUCGCGCGCCGGCAACGCAGCAUCGAUGGAUAUUCGGCGUUCAGAUGAUUUCAGUGACAUGCUGGUGCGCAGGAGCAUCUUCGGUACACCCGUCAUUCGCGGUGCAAACUACGACCUGUCGGUGUACAAUGGGCGGGGUCCGAUUCUUGACGCUGAACCACCGUGACGGCGCUUGGAAGCAGCGUCCGGAAUGCGUUCGCGCACAGACUGUGUUGCGUUGGUGGAACGCACGACUGGCCGCCGCUCGCGCGGCAAUGCUGUCGGCAAACACCACCACACAAGAUCCUCGUAUAUAUGAGCGACUGGACCCGGGAACCAUAGUAGCAGCAUGCCAGAUAUUGAGAAGAACAAAACAGCACCUCGAGGAAGAUCCACAGCUUUCUCAUCUAAGCAUGGAUUUCCAAGUCAACUGCCAACUUGUCUCAGAUAUUGAGUUCUUCACCUCAAGAGCUAUUGCUUGGCUAAAGCAGAGCCCAAUUGCUUCAAUAUGGGCACAAUGUCAGACAGACAAUGCCAGAGCUCACUCAGUGUGUGGUGCUGCCUAUUGUAGCAUUGGGGAGUUUGAGAUGACCAGGGAUAUUCAAACCCUCAAUAAAGGCAUCAGGCUCUACACAGAUGCCAUUGUCCUGUUUGGUCAAACUGAGGUUCCUGCUGCAUGUCACAUGAGUUUAGGACAUGGAUACCAUCUCAGAUACAAGGAGUCAAAUGAAAGGUCUGACCUUGAAAAGUCUUGUUUUUUCAAGCAGCAGGGAGUGAAUUCUACUCCCAUAGAUGAUGGAAGUAGGCCAGCUGUUCUGGCAAGCUUGGCUACUUCUUACCAGUCCUGUUUUGACAACUCAAAGACUUUAUCAGACAUAGACAAAGUCAUUGCUUCACUCAAAAAGGCCAUUGAGAUAUCCUCACAGGAAUUUGGCUAUCUGACCAACCUUGGUGGUGCAUAUUGUCAGUGUUAUUUGACCAGUCACAUGCUUCCUGACCUCCAAGAUGCAAUUGAGUCAUUAGAAAAAGGCAUCUCAAUUGCUCCCAAAGGGUAUAUUCAUCUCUAUGCUUUGUGGAAAACCCUUGCUGAGGCAUAUCAAGAACUGUUUGAGAGUACUCACAAUCAAAUGCAUGGGCUGGAAGUUAUCAAAGCCUGUCAGAAGGCACUCUCUGUGAAGUAUCCAGACAGGUUUGGAUGCUUGACAGACAUUGUUCUUGCCUCAAUGGUGGAUGCUACACCACAGCACAAAUGGUUAAAUAUCAAUGAACUUGUGAAUGCACUUCAAGGAACUUUGGACAUCACAACUCUGUAUGAUGUUCACCUUUGGUUUCUGAGUAAAAUAUUCUUGAAACUCUACAACCUUGAGGGAGAUUUAGCAUAUAUUGUGAUGGCUAUCCCAGUGUUCAAGAAAUUGGUUGAGCUCUGCACAUCAUCAACUCUUAGAGUAGACAUUAUUGUCAACCUAGCAUAUGCCUAUCAGGCUCAGUUCCUUCAGUUACAUGCACUCUCAGACAUUGAAGAGGCUAUCACCUUGCUGUUGGAAGCCUCAGAAUCUACAUAUGACAGAUAUCACAGCUUGCACAAUUUAGGAAAUGCUUACAGUGCCCGCUAUCGCCUUCUAAGGGAGCAACCAGAUAUUGAACAUGCUAUCCUUGCCCUUCGGGAAGCUGCUGAUCUAAUACCAGCCAGUCAUCUAGAUAGGCCACUUUACUUGGAUAAUCUGGGUGCUGCAUACAUGACUCAGUUUGAGCAUGAUAAAAAGAAACAUAUCAUAGACCAAGCAAUAUCCACUAAAGAGAAGGCAUUACAGAUCCCCUUCAUCACUGAGCCAAGAAGAUAUGAUGUGCUCUGCUCUCUUGGAGGUGCAUACAGUGUCAGAUUUAAGACAUUCCAGGAUCCUUCUGAUAUAUCUAAGGCUAUCACAUUGCAAGAAACUGUGAUUGAUCACUUUCCAGAUAUAAAUAUGUGGAAGCCUGGUUGGCUUAACAAUCUGGGCCAGUCCUAUUAUCUGAGAUUCAGACUCAAUAACCACCCAUCAGACCUGGUCCAGGCACUAAGAAGGGUUGAGCAAGCAGUCCAAUUGACACCUAGGGACCAUGCACACUUGGCACAUAGGCUCAUGGCUCUGGGUAUUCUGACCCUGAAUUUACCAUCUCCUGCUUCAGGUACAACAGUGCAAAAGUCUAUCCAAUGUUUCAGAGAAGCAACAUACUGUCAUACAGCAGCACCAAGUAUAAGGGUGCAGUCUGCUCUUUGCUGGGCUCAAUGUGCUUUUCUACAAGGAGAAGAAUUAUAUCCUGAGGUUGUCCAGGCAUUCACAGUGAUGUUCAGCCUUUUACCUAGUGCUGUAUGGCUAGGACAGACCAUUCAAGGACAAUAUGCUCAACUUACACAAUAUAGCUUGGAUGAUGUGGCUGGUACUGCUGCAAUGGUUGCCAUUGUCAUGAGAAAUCUUACUCAAGCAGUUGAAUGGAUUGAACAGGGAAGAUCAAUUGUGUGGAACAGGCUAUUACAGCUGAGAUCUCCUUUAGAUGAUUUAUUCAAGGCAGAUGAGUAUCUGGCAAAUGAGCUCAAGAUGGUUGCUAGGCAAAUGGAACAUCAUGCACAAGAAUUGCCUGGCUUCAAACAUUUCCUAAAGCCAAUGCCCUUCACUGGAUUGUUGGAUGUGGCCAAGCAGUGCCCACUGAUCAUGCUCUCUAUGAUGAUUAGUGACCAUGCAUCUGUAUGUGAUGCUCUGGUGCUCAUGCCUGAUAACAAAGAUGUCAAGCAUGUAUCUCUCACAGCAAUGACAUGGGGCAUCAUAGAUAACCUCUGCAUAUCCAUGAGUAAUGUAGCUAACACCCAUGCUGCCCAAGGGUCAGCAGAUGCAACUGUAGAUCAGAGGCUUGCAUCUCUGAAGCCUGUUAGAAAUUGUCAGAAUCAAUCAUUCCAUGAUAUUCUCAAGGUCCUCUGGACUCAUGUUGUGUUACCAAUCCUGCAAGCACUUGCUGUUUCAAUUUCACCACAGAGCCAAUUGCCACAUUUUUGGUGGUGUGUUAGUGGCCCUCUUGCAUUCCUUCCAAUUCAUGCUGCAGGAGACUACUCCCAAAGUGAACCAGGCCAUAAGAUAUCUGACUAUAUCAUUUCAUCUUACACACCCACCCUGUCAGCAUUGCUCAUGGCUAGGCAGAAGAAGGUCAACAAUAACCCACACCUAUUGGGUAUUUGCCAGGCUGAGAAUGAUAGGGCUCACAAUCUUCCAUAUGUCAAAGAGGAAUGGAUGCACAUCCAGCAAUUGGCUCUAGACAGUGAUAUUCCUACAGCCAACUGGGUGCAUUUUGCUUGUCAUGCCUCACAGGAUACCCUAAGGCCCACUGACAGUGCAUUCAUCCUGAAUGAUAAUGACUUGAGGCUUAUCACAUUGAUGCAAGUGAAAUUGCCAAAUGCAGACUUUGCAUUCCUAUCAGCUUGCCAAACUGCUGCUGGGGACCCAAAGUUAUCCAACCAAGCAGUGCACUUAGCUGCUGGGAUGCUGUAUGCUGGGUUCAGGAGUGUCAUUGCCACUAUGUGGUCCAUAAAUGACUGUGAUGGUCCUGAGGUUGCCAAAGAGGUCUACUCUCACUUGCUAGCAACCAAGGACAGUACCCAGGCUGCAUAUGCUCUUCAUCAUGCUAUGCAAAAACUGAGGAUCAAGCCAGAGUACAACAACCUCAAGGAUUCUUCAUUCCUUGCUUGGAUAGCACUUCAUUUGGCUGGGAGCAUUGAACAUUUCAACAGUCCAUCCAGAAGCUUGCUAGCAAAGCUCAAGACGGUCUGUUCACAGAAGAGUGUGAGACGACUCGCAAGCCAGUGGACGAGAGACGAGGACUGCUCGCGCUUCAACCCUAUCCCGACCCGGACCCAGGACUCGAUACAGCUGCAGCGUGACUUCAAAUGCAGCCUUACCGUCCCGAGCGCGCGUCCUCAAAGCUCCCUCGGAGCCGAGGCCGGUCUUUAUGGUCGUCAGGACGAGCUUCAUAGUCGUCUCAAACGCAUUCUUUGGCUUUGUCUAGAGACCGAGUCAUCCUCGAACCUGAAGGCCAUGUUGAAUUCAUAUUCGAGACUGAAUGCCUUCUUCAAUGUCGUCUCGAUGUGGACCUUGCGCGUCGCAUCAAGUCCCCGCAGACUACUAUGCAGUCGGCUCGAGGCGCGAGGCAAUCCUCGGGGUCGCCUCGAGGCCGAUCGUUUGAGUAGUCGAGGACCAUCGUCUCGAGGCCAAGGGCUGUCUUCAGAGCCAUCACGAGGACGAGGUUACCUCGCGGGCGACCCUCAGGAUCGGUUCGAUCGACUCACAUACAUCUUCGGAGUCGGCUCGAGUACCGUCCUCAGAGUCGUCAACUCGGCGAACCAUCUUCAGCUCGUUUCAAGGGCGAAGGCCCAAGACCGCGCGCAAUCUUCGGUGUCGUCUCGUCUCGAGGAUCAGAUCAUCUUCAAAGUUGAUCUGACGACGAAACUCCGAGUCAUCUCGAGAGUCGUCUUCAGCGUUGUCUACAGGACCAUCUCCGGAGUGGUUUUGAAGACCAUCUUCCAAUUCACCUCGACAUCUUCCGAGUCGUCUCUAGAGAAACUUCAGGGUCGUCCCUAGGAGCAUCUUCAGGGUCGUCUCGAGGACCGUCUUCAGCGCCAUCACGAGGAUGAACGGACGACGGCUCGACGAGUCUCGCACGGCGAGUCGCGUUCCUGCGCAGUGGAAGGCGGAUGAGGGCUUCGGCAUCUCGCGGGGCGAGUGUAGACCUCUGGCGUGACUGGUGGAUGGUGAUCGGUGACCGGUAGGUGGAUGGUAGAUGGGCGUGGUUGACAGAUGGUGAGUGUAGUGUGAGAGGUAAUGGACGGGCGUGGUCCGUGCUCGGCAGUCGGUGGCCGAUGCUCGGUGGAUCCGUAGCCAAGGGCCACGGAGGUCUGUCGUAAGUUAGCUGUGGGCUUGCAAGACGUUGCGACGAAGGAAGGACAAGAAGACGCGGCGGACGUGGGUGCGAAGAGUGUGGGUGCGGAGAGACGCGAGGAGAUGGG